UACACUCUAGUAUUCUUUAAGAUCUAUUUCAACUACAUGUUUUAUCUUCUUGUUUUGAAAAAAUAAACAUAAAUUCGAUUGUAACAUAAUGGCAACUCGAUCAAUUAUAAGCCGAGAGAUGGUACACAUCCUGCCUUGUGAGAGAGACGAUCGCAUUACAAUGCCCGAUGUAAUAGAUGAUUCCUUACCAUUCCAUGUAAAUACUGAGUCAGAAACUGGAGGUGGUGACGAGGCAACUCAAGAGUCAAAAUGUGAGCCUGAAACAGUAGUAGAGGAACCUGACUCUGAGGAUUCUGUUAAGGGCGACAAAAAGUAUGCCUGGAAUGCACCUUGCAUAAUGAUUAUUUUCAAGGAAAGCGAUCUCAAUUCUGCGCUACAUUAUCUCAUCGAAUCGCUGCAGGAUCCUUUUGCUUUGGAUGCAGUCUCGGUUCUUCUGGUACAGGAGAGUCUUGUAGACGAACUUAUAGGUCGUGUAGUGAGUCUAAUGAAGCCUCUGGACUCCAGGGUGGCGAAUCAUCCCUGCUAUAAGCACACUCUGCAAAAGCUGGUUGAACUGAAGGCAGAGGUGGUAGUGGGACCAGCUGAGAAAGUCCUGCCGGAUGCCACGCCCAUGUUAGUGCGGGAUCUUCCCCAUCGAUACCUGGGCCAAGGACCCACUGGUAUAAUCACAAUGCAUGUCUUUCGCACACCCUAUGAUGCCACGCGGGUUUAUCGAAAGGAAUAUCCAAUGCCCUUUGCAUCUGCAAGCAUCUGGAGCGAAAGGAUUUCGGGUCUAUACGAAGUGAUGGGUCUAAUGGAUAUUGUUACCUUUCAGAUUAACUGCUUCAAUGUGAGCAUGGAACCCAUCAAGAAGGCCUUUGAAUACCAACGAAAUCAUGUGACAAUGCACAAGGGUUAUCACUAUGAAACGCUGAUGGUUAAUUACAGUCGAAAGAUUGUCGUGUAUCCGGUGGGAACUAUAUUUGGCAAUUGAAACUUGUUUUGUGUUGUAUAUUCAAUAUAU